AUGAAUGUGCUAGCUUUCGAACCUGACGGUCGCCCGAUCGCAUUUCCCACUUGGCUUGACGAUCUGCAGCUUUUCCUUCUGACUGAUGCCAAAGAUGGUGUCUCGCUUUUCGACUACGCCACUGGCACUGCCGCUGCUCCUGCUGACAGUGCUCCUGCUGUAGACCGCUCACAGUGGCUGACUCGCGAUGCUGCUGCGCGCCUUGCUAUCCGCAACCAUCUGCCGAUCGCUGAGCGCGCGCAUUUCAGUCAGCACAAAACUGCCAAGGCACUUUAUGACGCAGUAGUUGCACGCUACUCCUCCCCAGCCACUGCCGCUGUAGGAGGCCUCAUCCUGCCCUACCUGUUCCCUGACCUGUCCUCCUUCCCCACUGCUGCGGACUUGAUUACUCACCUUCGCGAUAGUAAGGCCCGCUUUAACGCCGCUCUUAAGGACGAGUUCCAUGCCAAGAACCCCCCUCCGCUCUACUUUACCCUCUACCUCCUCGUCACCCGCCUCCCUGACACCCUUAGCACAGUCAGGGACCACUUCCUCGCCAUUGACGCCCCCGAGAUCACCCUAGACGACUUCGAGCGGCAACUUCUCGCAGCAGAGAAAAAUCUCCUAGCUGUCGGUGCCGCUCGAGGCACUCCCCGCACUCCCCUCUUUGAGGGGUGCUCCCCCUCCCCCCUCACCCCCUCGUACGCCUCGGUUGCUACUCCCGUUGACCUUCCUGGUGCUGAGAAGGUCGCAGCUGCUUCCGCUCCUAGUGGGAAGCGCGGCGGGGGCCGGGGCGGCAAGGGGGGCGGGGGUGGCGGGGGUGGGGGUGGGGGGAGCGGUGGUGGGGGCGGUGGGGGUGGGGGGGGGGUGGAAGUGGUCGUGGGGGUGGUGGAGGUGGCAGCAGCGGCAAGGGGGGAGGUGGCGGUGGUGGUGGGGGUGGUGGUGGCGGCGGUGGUGGGGGAGGUGGAGUUCCUUCCCCUGGUCCUGGAGGUGCUCGUCCUAGUGGGACUGGAGCUGCCGGGGCUGGAGGAACUUUAUGUGAGGGUUCUGCUGCUGGAGACCCUGGGACUGGAGGUGCCGGUUCUGGGGGUGCUACUACUAGUGGAGUUGGUCCUGGAGGUGCUGGAGCUGGUGGUUCUGGAGCUGCUGGGGGUCCUGGAGCUACUGGGGGUGCUGGUGCUGCUGUCAGUGGACCUGGUCCUGGUGGCGCUGUUGCUGAGGGGGCUGGAGCUGCUUCUCCCGUCGUCUACUGGUCUUCCAUUACAGCCUGGCUCACCGCUGCCUGCUCCUUCUCCUUACUCUGAGCAGCCAGGAGGUCUUACUGAGCGUCGUGAGCCUGCGUCACGUCCUGUCUCGCCUGUCCGUCCUGGUCGUUCCGGUCGUCGUGUCUCUAGUCUGCGACAGCCGCCUGUUCGCAGCACGCCCCUGGUUGUCAGACGUCCUUCUCCCACUCAGCAGCGUGUUCCUCUGCCGUCUCCCCCUGCGUCCUCUCUGCCUGACGUUCCCGACCCUGAGUCUGACCGGUUUCGUGCUGAGCACCCUACUGUCACGCGUCUGUUAGCCACUGUUGUCACCGACCCGUCGUUUGAGUCUGCUGCUGCGUCUGCCUUGGUCGCUGAGCUUGUGGACUUUGCUGCUGCCUGUCGUCUAGACUACACUGCUGGUCUUAUUGCUGAGUCUGCGUCUGUCUGUUCACCGUCCGUCGGGGGUGAGUGUGCUCUUGGCACGGACGUCCUUGAGGACAGACAGGAGGACCUUGAGUGUCUUGCGGCUGCUGUACCUCAUCUCACGGCCUGGCUGCUUGCCCCUGAGGGAGACCCGGAUGCACUUGACAUCCCUACCUUCUGCUCUUACACAGAGGCGGUCUCGGGUCCCUACUCCUCUCAGUGGCAGACAGCCAUGGACGCAGAGAUGGCAUCCUGGAAGUCCACAGGCACCUACGUCGACGAGGUUCCCCCUCCUGGGGCGAACAUCGUCGAUGGCAUGUGGAUUUUCAGGAUGAAGCGGCCGCCGGGUUCUCCGCCUGUCUUCAAGGCUCGUUACGUUGCUCGAGGCUUCAGUCAGCGAGAGGGAGUUGACUUCUUCCAGACCUUCUCCCCUACCCCGAAGAUGACCACUCUUUGGGUGCUGCUGCACGUUGCCGCCCAGCGUGACUACGAGCUUCACUCUCUUGACUUCAGCACAACUUUCUUGCAGGGCAGCCUGCACGAGGAGAUCUGGCUGCGCCGUCCUCCUGGCUUCACUGGGUCUUUCCCUCCUGGUACCCAGUGGAGCCUCCGACGGCCAGUUUACGGUCUCCGCCAGGCGCCACGUGAGUGGCACGACACACUGAGGACGACACUUGCGGCUCUUGGGUUUGCUCCCUCCACUGCAGACCCUUCACUGUUCCUGCGCACAGACACGUCGCUGCCGCCGUUCUACAUCCUCGUUUACGUCAACGACUUGGUCUUUACUACUCCUGACACUGAGGCACUCGCCCUUGUGAAGUCAGAGCUGCAGAAGAGACACACGUGCACAGACCUGGGUGAGCUGCGCAGUUACCUUGGCUUGCAGAUCACCCGGGACAGAGCACGCCGCACCAUCACCCUGACUCAGUCACACAUGGUGCAGCAGGUCCUUCAGCGCUUCGGCUUCAAUUUCUCCUCACCUCAGUCCACUCCUCUGUCUACCAGCCACUCGCUCUCAGCUCCACCUUCGGACGAGUCCGUAGAGCCGAGUGGCCCGUACCCAGAGCUUGUGGGCUGCCUCAUGUACCUGAUGACCUGCACUCGACCUGACCUUGCGUACCCUCUUAGCAUCCUAGCUCGCUACGUCGCACCUGGGAGACACAGGCGAGAGCACUGGGAGGCUGCUAAGAGGGUGCUGCGCUACUUGUGCAGUACAUCAGGCAUGGGGCUGGUGCUUGGAGGACAGGGCUCGGUUGUCCUCACUGGACACUCAGACGCCUCUUGGGUUAACGACCUGGCUACGCAGCGGUCGUCACAGGGUUACACUUUCAGCCUUGGCUCUGGUUCUGUCUCUUGGCGUUCCACUCGCUCUUCUUCUGUUCUCAGCUCCAGUUGUUAG